UUUUAUUUGUUUUCAUUAUAAACCCCCAAAGUUCAGUUUUUUUUAUAAACUGAAUCCCUCAAAAUGAAAAGUCAAAUCCACUAGAGAUAAAUACUCUCUCGUGCAGUUUCACAGAUCCGAUUUCUCCAAAGCUUUUAUUUGUUUCUCCCUUUUGAACCGCCUGCUUAUUUUCCUGGAAAAUACAUCAAAAAAUCCUAUCUUUUUCACUUUCUCCGAGAAAAUAAAGUUUUAAUCUUUCCAGUUUUAGUUCAAACACACUAGAACAGAGAGUUAACAGAGCUAAAGGGUGUUUCGAACGCUAACUGCUGAUGAUCUCAUGUUUAUGAAGAGAAGUUUCCAUUUUUUCCCAGGAAAGUGAAGAGAUUUUGAGAGUAUUGUUUAGGUUGAAGUUAAUGGCUGAAGAAGGUUGAGUCUCUCUGUAUCUACUGAUCAAAUUGUUUUUUUUGGACUGGUGCUUGAAGAUAUAGCUCUGGUGUAUUGACUUCUCUGUCUGCAAGAUUAACAAACCAUGAGAGCAGAUAAUGAUCAUGUGGUUGGAAACUCGGUAGAGAGCUGCAAAGAUGAGUCUAAGCCUCAUCAAUGUCCUGAAGAGAAGUGGGAAGAUGCAGAGCUAAAGAUCCAAGAAAAUGGGAAGAACGGUAGCAAUGUGCCUCCUGAGUUAUUCUAUGAUACAAGAACCGGCGACGAAUGGGAUAAAGAGAAUGAUGGAAAAGAUUCUAAUGAGGAUGGAAAGAAUAAUAUAGAUGCUAAAAGUGGUUCUCCUGAGACAGUUGAUCCGGUGUUUUUUAUGGACAAGAACGUUACGGCCUGUGACUUGCCUGAGAUUGUGGUUUGUUACAACGAGAACACUUACUACCAUGUGGUGAAGGACAUAUGUGUUGAUGAGGGCGUGCCGGUCCAGGAGAAGUUCUUAUUCGGCGAGAAAGGUUCAGUGAAAUGUAGCUCUGACUCAAACCAGUGUGAGUCAGAGGAUUUGAUGAAAGCAGACAAAGGAAUAGAAACAACUAAGUCCUUAGAAGAAGACAGAAACGGUAAGGUUGAUGAUGACGCUGAGCUUUGUAAUGAUCCUAAGACAAACCAAGAUGUUGAAGAAUCUCCAAGAGAAGACUUUGCUGAUGCUGAAGGUUCUUCUAGCAGUUGCAAUCAAGAUCAUUUGAUUGUGACAAGAGAAGCCAAGGACUCGCUCACAUCUGAAAUUGAAGUGGCUACAUUGGAGAAUGGUCUGAAGGAAUCUAAAACUUUGGGAGACAUUCUAUCAUGGGAAGAUGAACCAAAACCUCUUGAAGAACAAUCUCAACCUCAGCUUCAGGAGAAGGGAAGAGAUGAGCCUAAAGAAGCAGAGGAGAAGCUUUCUUCUGUUCCUACAACAACCUCUCAAGAGCCAAACAAGCCUUUCAACGACAAUCAGCAACCAAGCUUGGUAGUGGGAGAUACUUUAGAAGACAACAAACUUAUCUCCAGUGGAUUUGGAGAGACGAGUUUCUCAGCAGCAGAAGCAGUUUCAAUCUCAGGUCAUAUAACGUACACAGGACCUAUUGCAUUCUCUGGAAGCCUCUCUGUUCGUUCUGAUGCAAGCACAACCAGUGGAAGAUCCUUUGCUUUCCCAGUAUUACAGUCAGAAUGGAACAGUAGUCCUGUAAGAAUGGCCAAACCGGAGAAGAGGAGACACAAAGGAUGGAGACAGAUUCUUCUUUGCUGUAGAUCCUCUUGAUCAACUAGUUCAAAAGCUUCUCACUUUGAAGCACAGAGGAGGAAGGAGAUAUGAGAUUUUACAGUAUUUUUUUCUUUAAAAGGGAUGUUUUAUAUUUUAAAUGCUGAAGUAAAUAUUUUUUCUCUUUUUUUUUUGGGUGGUUUAUAGUUAUGACAUGAUGUGUGUAAUUGGCAUUUUGGUAGUAGUAUUAACAGCUAGGGGCUUUUGAGAUGGUUAAAGAUGCAACAUGGUCGGUGUUAUGUAACCGAUGAGUUUAUUACUAUUAUAACUUCAUUUUCA